UCAAUUGAAGAAGCAGGACCCGAAAUUACAGACAUUAGCAAUGAUGUGUGAAGUGAUGCCCACAAUUAAUGAGGACACCCCAAUGAGCCAAAGGGGGUCCCAAAGCAGUGGCUCGGACUCUGACUCCCAUUUUGAGCAGCUGAUGGUGAAUAUGCUAGAUGAAAGGGAUCGUCUUCUAGACACCCUUCGGGAAACCCAAGAAAGCCUCUCACUUGCCCAGCAAAGACUGCAGGAUGUCAUCUAUGACAGAGAUUCGCUCCAGAGACAGCUCAAUUCAGCCCUGCCACAGGAUAUCGAAUCCCUAACAGGAGGGCUGACUGGUUCUAAGGGGGCUGAUCCACCGGAAUUUGCUGCACUGACAAAAGAAUUAAAUGCCUGCAGAGAACAACUUCUAGAAAAGGAAGAAGAAAUUUCUGAACUUAAAGCUGAAAGAAACAAUACAAGACUGUUACUGGAGCAUUUGGAGUGCCUUGUGUCACGACAUGAAAGGUCACUAAGAAUGACGGUGGUGAAGCGACAAGCCCAGUCCCCCUCGGGAGUGUCCAGCGAAGUUGAGGUUCUCAAGGCGCUGAAAUCUUUAUUUGAGCACCACAAGGCCUUGGAUGAAAAGGUAAGGGAGCGACUGAGGGUUUCUUUAGAAAGAGUCUCUGCACUGGAAGAAGAACUAGCUGCUGCUAAUCAGGAGAUUGUUGCCUUGCGUGAACAAAAUGUUCAUAUACAAAGAAAAAUGGCAUCAAGUGAGGGAUCCACAGAGUCAGAACAUCUUGAAGGGAUGGAACCUGGCCAGAAAGUCCAUGAAAAGCGUUUGUCCAAUGGUUCUAUAGAUUCAACUGAUGAAACAAGUCAAAUAGUUGAACUACAAGAAUUGCUUGAAAAACAAAACUACGAAAUGGCCCAAAUGAAAGAACGUUUAGCAGCCCUUUCUUCCCGAGUGGGAGAGGUGGAACAGGAAGCAGAGACAGCAAGAAAGGAUCUCAUUAAAACGGAAGAAAUGAACACUAAGUAUCAAAGGGACAUCAGGGAGGCCAUGGCACAGAAGGAAGAUAUGGAAGAAAGAAUCACGACCCUUGAGAAGCGUUACCUCAGUGCUCAGAGAGAAUCUACCUCCAUACAUGACAUGAAUGACAAACUAGAAAAUGAGUUAGCAAAUAAAGAGGCCAUCCUACGGCAGAUGGAAGAGAAGAACAGACAGUUACAAGAGCGUCUUGAGCUAGCUGAGCAAAAGUUGCAGCAAACUAUGAGAAAAGCUGAGACCUUACCUGAAGUAGAGGCUGAACUGGCUCAGAGAAUUGCAGCCCUGACAAAGGCUGAAGAAAGACAUGGAAACAUUGAAGAACGUAUGAGGCAUCUAGAAGGUCAACUUGAAGAGAAAAAUCAAGAACUUCAAAGAGCUAGGCAAAGAGAGAAAAUGAAUGAGGAACAUAACAAAAGAUUAUCCGAUACUGUGGAUAGACUUCUGACUGAAUCCAAUGAACGCUUACAGCUACACUUAAAGGAACGAAUGGCUGCUCUAGAAGAGAAGAAUGUCUUAAUUCAAGAAUCAGAAACUUUCAGAAAGAAUCUGGAAGAAUCUUUACAUGAUAAGGAAAGAUUAGCAGAAGAAAUUGAAAAGCUGAGAUCUGAACUUGACCAGUUGAAAAUGAGAACUGGCUCUUUAAUUGAACCCACAAUAUCAAGAACUCAUCUAGACACCUCAGCUGAGCUGCGGUAUUCUGUUGGAUCCCUAGUGGACAGCCAGUCUGAUUACAGAACAACUAAAGUAAUAAGAAGACCAAGGAGAGGCCGCAUGGGUGUGAGGAGAGAUGAGCCAAAGGUGAAAUCUCUUGGGGACCAUGAAUGGAAUAGAACUCAACAAAUUGGAGUGCUAAGCAGCCACCCUUUUGAAAGUGACACAGAAAUGUCUGACAUUGAUGAUGAUGAUAGAGAAACGAUUUUUAGCUCAAUGGAUCUUCUCUCUCCAAGUGGUCAUUCUGAUGCCCAGACCCUAGCCAUGAUGCUUCAGGAACAAUUGGAUGCUAUCAACAAAGAAAUCAGACUAAUUCAGGAAGAAAAAGAAUCUACAGAGUUACGUGCUGAAGAAAUUGAGAAUAGAGUGGCUAGUGUGAGUCUGGAAGGCCUGAAUUUAGCAAGGGUCCACCCAGGUACCUCCAUCACUGCCUCGGUUACAGCUUCUUCGCUGGCCAGUUCAUCUCCCCCCAGUGGACACUCAACACCAAAGCUCACCCCUCGAAGUCCUGCCAGGGAAAUGGAUCGGAUGGGAGUCAUGACAUUGCCAAGUGAUCUAAGGAAACAUCGGAGAAAGAUUGCAGUGGUAGAAGAAGAUGGUCGGGAGGAUAAAGCAACAAUUAAAUGUGAAACUUCUCCUCCCCCUACCCCUAGAGCCAUCAGGAUGACUCACACCCUCCCUUCUUCCUACCACAAUGAUGCCCGAAGUAGUCUAACUGCCUCCCUCGAGCCUGAAAGCCUUGGGCUUGGCAGUGCCAACAGCAGCCAAGACUCUCUUCACAAAGCUCCCAAGAAGAAAGGAAUCAAGUCUUCAAUAGGUCGUUUGUUCGGUAAAAAAGAAAAAGCUCGACUUGGGCAGCUCCGAGGCUUUAUGGAGACUGAAGCUGCAGCUCAGGAGUCCCUGGGGUUAGGCAAACUUGGAACUCAAGCUGAGAAGGAUAGAAGACUGAAGAAAAAGCAUGAACUUCUAGAAGAAGCUCGGAGAAAGGGAUUACCUUUUGCCCAGUGGGAUGGGCCCACUGUAGUCGCGUGGUUAGAGCUCUGGUUGGGAAUGCCUGCUUGGUACGUGGCAGCCUGCCGAGCCAAUGUGAAGAGCGGUGCCAUUAUGUCUGCUUUAUCAGACACUGAGAUCCAGAGAGAAAUUGGAAUCAGCAAUCCUCUGCAUCGCUUAAAGCUCCGACUAGCAAUCCAGGAGAUGGUUUCCCUAACCAGUCCUUCAGCUCCUCCAACAUCCAGAACUCCUUCAGGCAACGUUUGGGUGACCCAUGAAGAAAUGGAAAAUCUUGCAGCUCCAGCAAAAACGAAAGAAUCUGAGGAAGGAAGCUGGGCCCAGACCCUGGCAUAUGGAGAUAUGAACCACGAGUGGAUUGGAAACGAAUGGCUUCCCAGCCUGGGGUUACCUCAAUACAGAAGUUAUUUUAUGGAAUGCUUGGUUGAUGCAAGAAUGUUAGAUCACCUAACAAAAAAGGAUCUCCGUGUCCAUUUAAAAAUGGUGGAUAGUUUCCAUCGAACAAGUUUACAAUAUGGAAUUAUGUGCUUAAAAAGGUUGAAUUAUGACCGAAAAGAACUAGAAAGAAGACGGGAAGCAAGCCAACAUGAAAUAAAAGAUGUGUUGGUGUGGAGCAAUGAUCGAGUUAUUCGCUGGAUACAAGCAAUUGGACUUCGAGAAUAUGCAAAUAAUAUUCUUGAAAGUGGUGUGCAUGGCUCACUUAUAGCCCUGGAUGAGAACUUUGACUACAGCAGCUUAGCUUUAUUACUACAGAUUCCAACACAGAAUACCCAGGCAAGGCAGAUUCUCGAAAGGGAAUACAAUAACCUCCUGGCUCUGGGAACUGAACGGCGACUGGAUGAAAGUGAUGACAAGAAUUUCAGGCGUGGGUCGACCUGGAGAAGGCAGUUUCCUCCCCGUGAAGUACACGGAAUCAGCAUGAUGCCUGGGUCCUCAGAAACAUUACCGGCUGGAUUUAGGUUAACCACAACAUCGGGGCAGUCAAGGAAAAUGACAACGGAUGUUCCUUCAUCAAGACUGCAGAGGUUAGACAACUCCACUGUUCGCACAUACUCAUGUUGA